AUGGCCUGCGCGGACGUGGAGAUGCUCGACACCUGGAGCCCGUUGUGCCGUGUGGGCGAUACUCCUUUGGUUGACGGAGGUCUGUUGGCAUCAGAAAGAAGGCUGCAUCGCCGUUUGAUCGUGGGACAGUUGCUAGCCUGGUCAUCUCCAACUGCCGGGAACAUGACACGGUGCACCUCGCCGAAAGUGGAGGUAUACUCAACUCGUAAUCGUAAUAAUACGGGAACACCUAGUUGCAUAGAAGACCUCAGAUCCAUAAUUGAGGCAGCCUUUUCGACUCCAGAAGCUUCUCCGCUACCGACCUACGAGGAUGCGAUCCUCGACUUCCCGCCAGACUACGCCCACGCACAUGUUGAUACACAGUCCGGUCCUGCUCCAGCCAGGCACCGCUCAGCCAAAAAGCCAUCUUCGUUAUACCAGGACCCUCUCAUGAAGAUUUCAGUCGAUUUCAAAGACACAUCUAGAUUCAGAACCGCGGCAAAGAAGAAAAAAAAGCCUGCUCCGCAGCCAGUAGACCCAUGGGCAAAUACUGAGGCCGGUGCAGAUUCCGGCACAGGUCAGGAUGGAAAAGAUAAUUCAGGAGGUGGCGCUGAUGGAGGCGCUGAUGGAGGAGGAGGAGGAGGAGGAGGAGGAGGAGGAGCAGAUGGUGGUGGUAGCGGAGGAGGAGGGGAUGAUGGCGGCGGCGGAGGUGGUGGUGACGACCCCGGAGGUAACGAGGAUAAAGGCGGAGGCGAAGAGGAUGCAGACCAAGGUGGAAGCAAGAAAAAGAAGAAGAAGAAGAAGAAGCAAGAGGAGGAAGAUAAGAAGAAACAGGAAGAGGAAGAGGAGAGGAAACGACAGGAAGAAGAAGAAGAAGAGAAGAGGCGUCUAGAGGAAGAGGAGGAGAAAAAGAGACAGGAAGAGGAAGAGGUGAGGAAACGACAGGAAGAAGAAGAGGAAAAGAAACGGCUGGAGGAGGAAAGCAAGGCAAAGCAGAACGAUCUGUCUUGGGCGGACGAUACCAAUGCAGCCUCCGGCUGGGGUGACCUUGGGGCCCCAGCAACCACCUCCAAAAAGAAAAAGAAAAAGGGCAAGACCACUAUGGAGCUUCCUCCAGCUGACCCGGCUCCAAGUUCGUUCCAGGACGUCAGUUUGGAUGACGGCGGUGCAGCACCGCAAAUCGGCAUGUCUUUUGGUGCAGAAGAGACCAAGGCGUCUACGAGUUUCGGUUUUGGUGGCUGGGGUAAAAGCUGGAAUACAGGCGGCGAACUCGAUCUCGGUGCAAACGGUGAUACCAAAGAUGACGGCUUGAAUCCCUGGGGCGGUGCCGACAAGAAGAAGAAUAAGAAACCUACAGCAUCUGAUGCAUUCGACUUUAGCUUCGAUUCUACUGGACAGGCCGAUCCUGGCGCCGAUACUGCGGCCGCUGACAAGGAAGCCGACAGUUCCUGGGACUUGCCCGCGCCCACAACCGGGAAGGAUAAAAAGAAGAAGAAAAAGGGGGGAGCAGCUUGCAGAACCUGCUUAGAAGAGGAUGCCUGGGGUACGUCGGCGCCUAUGUCCAAGAAGGAUAAGAAAAAGAAGAAGAAGAAGGGUGCAGUAGAGCCCGAAGCCGACCCUGAGCCCGUCCCUGAACCUGUUCCUGAACCCGUAAAGGAGGAGGAGCCGGUCAAGGAAGAUCCGCCGCCUGAGGAAGAAGAUUGGGGCUCCUUUAGUAAUACCACGACAUCAACUAAAAAGGACAAGAAGAAGAAGAAAGGAGCCUUGCUUGACCCAGUUCUAGAACCCGAAUCUGUACCCGAACCCGUACCCGAACCCCCCAAGGAUGAAAAGCCUGCCGAGGAGCCAUUCGAUACCUGGGGAGGUGUUCCAGCUCUAACUUCUAAAAAGGACAAAAAGAAGAAGAAGGGCGGCGCGGCCGCGGAGCCGGUUAUCACGGAGGUUGAACCCGAUCCCGUGGUUGAAGCUCCGCCGGUGGAAGAGAAACAAGAAGGCAGCUUCUGGGGGUCACUGGCUACUCCAUCAUCCAACAAGAAAGAUAAGAAGAAGAAGAAAAACGCCCUGGCAGAGCCAUCUAUUCCAGAAACGACACCCGAGCCAGAUCCCCUGCCUGAACCCGAACCAGUUGUUGAGCCACCCCCGCAGGAGGAAGAAAAGCCCGCUGAAGCAGCUGGAUGGGGUUUCGGCCUUCCUACUGCCACCUCUUCUAAAAAGAAGAAGAAGAAGAGCGCUGCUGCUGAACCGCCGCCUCCACCACCACCCCCUCCUGACCCUGAACCUGAACCUGAGCCUGAGCCAGUUGUUAAUGAGAUUAAGGAAGAGGAGCCGGUGGAUAGUUUCUGGGGAUUUCCCUCUUCAAAAAAGGAGAAGAAAAAGAAAAAGAAGGAAGAGCCCGAGCCGCUGCCUGUUGAGCCUGAUAAGUCCAAGGAUCUGUUUGAUAAUGAUUCCUGGGGGGAUGGAUUCGAUCAGGACAAGUCAAAGGGUACAGACCUGCUAGAUGAUCCCCCCAAGGCAGAUACUACUACGUCAUGGCUAGGAUCAUUCACGUCCUCGAAAAAGGACAAGAACAAAAAGGGUAAAACGGCGGAUCCUGUGACGCCAGGAGCCUUUGAUUUCGGCGAUGACCCUGCACUAGAGGCUACAGGGGCUGGGGAUGACAUGGACUGGUUGGGCUUGGGUAGUGGCAAGAAGAAGUCUGCUAAAAAUGAGGACCCUCUUGACAUACCCGAAUUUAUCGACGAGGCUGCUGAAGAUACCUUCACGAAAGAAGAGGAGAAGAAGCCUGCCGUGAAAGAGACCAAGCUUUCUAAGAAAGAGAAGAAGAAGAAAGCAGCGUUAGCAAGCCCACCAGAAGAAGAGCUGCCCAAAGUCGACUUCUUCGAAGAUACCAAAGAGGAGCCUGAUCCGCUGGCUCCCCCGCCUGUUGACGAGUUUGAUAGCUGGAAUACUGGAGCUGGAGCAACUACCAGUAAAAAGGACAAGAAAAAGAAGAAGGGUGCCGCGGUAACUCUCCCUGACCCGGAACCAGAGCCCGCACCAAUAGCUGACCCAGUUGAGUCUAAUGACGUGGGUUAUGGGUGGGGUUUUGGUGGCACAACAACCAAAUCGAAGAAAGGAAAGAAGGGAGCUGCCGUCGAAGCAGAUACGGCCAGUAAGGCGCCAGAGAAAGAUCCGUUUGCUUUGGAUGACCUACUCGACCAACCAGCUGCGGACACAAAGAAGAAAAAGAAGAAGGGUACAAAGUCAAUUAUUGAGGAACCAGUGGUUGUUGCUGCGCCGGAACCAGAACCAGAACCGGUAGCUGAGCCCGAGCCAGAGCCAGAGCCGGAACUCGAACCCGAACCCGAACCCGAACCAGUACAAUCUUCUUCCUGGAGUCUCUGGGGUUCGUCCAAAACUACAAAGGACAAAAAGUCAAAGUCAAAAGCUACUGUCCCCGAGGUUAAAGAGGAACCUGAAAAACCAGCCAAAGGAAAGAAAGGUAAAAAAGAUGUUGCUGAAGAGGUUGUUGACGUGCUUCCGCAAGACGAUGGUGUUGGCUCCGGAGAAUUGGUGCCCGUUCCCAAAGCGCAGGACGAAAGUACCUGGGACAUCUGGGGUACGAUCACCAACAGCAAGAAGAAAGGCAAAAAGGGCGCCAACGAACUGCCGCCGCCUGCGCCUACACCACCAGAAUUUCCACCUGAACAUGGAGGGGAUGGCAUUGGCGAUACGUGGGAUGAUAUUACUGCUCCCUGGCCAAGCUCUAUGAAGAAGGGUUCCCUUUCACGAACGACUACGUCAACAUCAAAGGCAUCUCAUAUUGAGGAAAGCAAACUCAGUAAAACCAAGGGGAAGGGCCUGGAGGUCGUUGAUGUAUCUGAGACUCCCAAUCUCGAAACUCCAAUUGAGGACGUGUCGGCUGCAACAGCUACCAAAGGGUACUGGGGCAGCUUUGGGCUGGCAUCAGGUGCGAAGACCAACAGCAAAGCAGCCAAAGGAGGUGUAGAUGCACCAGCAGAUGACCUGCUCGACCUUGUCGAAGAAGAGCCCAAGCCUGCCGCUGUUAAGACAACUAGUAAGGCCGAUAAGGCCAGCGCUAAAGCCUCGAAGAAAGAGAAAAGGGGGAAAGAUGCCAAAAAGGAGGAGAAGAAGUUGGAAGUUGUUGAUAACGAAGUGAAGGAAGACGAAGGUUCGCUUGAAGCGGCUAGCGCGCCUGCGGCUGACAAAGCGACCGAGCAGCCACCACCUCCUCCUCCUCCGCUUGCGACGACCUCAGCGUCCAAAGCAACUGGCAAGGCGUCCGUCGCUGAGCGCAUCAAGCAGCUGGAGCAGAACAAAAAGGCCGAGAAGGAGGCCGCGAAGGCGUCCAAGGCUAAGGAGAAGGCUAAACCCGACCCGCCCCCGCCCGUCGAGCCUGUUCCUGAACCAGAAGUAUUGGAGCCGGUGGAGGAGCCCGCCAUCAAACUCGCGAAGGCCUCGAAGAAAGACACUGCGACUUCCAAAACCAAGGCCGCAGCCGGAUCCAAGUCGAAGUCGAAGUCGAAGUCAAAGAAAGCAGUUGAAGAGGAGCCAGCGCCGGAGCCAGUUGUUGAGCCUGAGCCCGUGGUGAUAGCUGAAGAGCCGACUCCACGUGAUUCUGUGCCUGGAAGUUUCCCAGGCGGAUUCGACGAGCUGGCUGAUAUCGACGAGCAAGAGCAGCCUAGCAACGCGGACGAACCAGCGCCGCCUCCGCCCCCCGAACCAGAGCCAGUUGAGGUCAGGGAACUUCUAUCAGAUCCGGAGGCGGGAUCGUCACAGCGUCCAUCAACAGCACCUCAGGCAGACGGAGAUGUAGCUGGUGUCAUGCCAGACUCGACACCACCAAAGAAGUCGGCCAAGAAAGAGCGUGCUAGGAUCGAUCGGAGCUCCGGAGCUGCAUCUUGGGCUCUCUGGGGUGCUGCUGCCGGGGCAUCGGGACCCGCUCCAAAGAAGUCAUCGAAAAAGGAAUCCAAAUCUAAGGAUCCUGGUGAACCUGUUAUUAAAAAGGAUAAGGAGAGAGAAAAGGAUAAGGAAAGGCCUUCUGGGCUGAGCAGAUCCAAAUCAUCAGCUACUAAGAAAGAGAAGAUUUCCAGCGUAGGGGCUGAAGUGGAGAAAUCCUCUGGCUCAGACAAGGAUAAACGCACUUCGCGGCCUUCUAAACAUAGCCGUGGGAUGAGUUUUCCCUUUAUGCUUUCGGGGCCGCCACCGCCGCCUGCCCGGUCCAAAAGCACCAAGCGAACGUCUGCCUCGAAGCCAACUUCCAGGCGACACUCGGUUGAGCUUAAUGAUUCAGGUCUUUUGACUCCCCGCGAGAGUCCAGAUAUUCCAGACAAGGCUGCAAGAAUGAUGGGUGUGGAGUCGUCCAAGCGCAUCAAACGUAGUUCGAGCCAUAAGAAGAGAUCAGUCCCACGCGACCCAUAUGCACUUGACGAUGACGUAGAAAUGCUUAGCCCUGAUGAUGGCUUGGUCUCCCCGCCUGGUAGAUCUUCGAGGGACCCAGAACGACGCAAAUCAAGGAAAGAGUCCAAGAAACACAGCAGCGACCCUGCUUUGUCCCCGCCAGGUGAAAUGCCGAUGGGUAGAGACGACUUUGGAGUCAUGCAUCACUCAUCGAGAGAGCCUGCGCCGCUGCGUCGCUCUAAUACAUCGCCUAAACGCCCCGAAGGUCUAUUCGGCUUUUUGUCCCUGAGGAAGCCUGGAGCCCGGCCUCCAGAGGUCCGCGAGCGUCCCAAAUCUCGUUCUCGCCAUGAGUCCUCAAGAAGGGAACCAGAUAGAGAAAAGGAUGAUUCUAGACGCCAUAGAAGAUCCGUGAGGCCUGACACUGAUGGCGAGGGUUUCACCACCGAUGCAAUGAGGACUGGAAACAACAGCCCUACUGAGGAGGCCGAGGCUCGGAGGGCAAAACGCAAAGCAGAGCGAGCACGACUGCGUGAAGAGAGAGAAAGGGAUGAACGAGCUCGUGAACUUGAACGUGAAGGCCGCCGGCAAAAACGACAUGCCAGAGAAAUGGAGGAUCCCCCCCAUGAAUCUAAGCGAGACAAGAAAGCAGACCGCCGCUCCCGUUCGGAGAGACCACCAAAGGACCCUCUCUCACCCCACGAAAGCCGUCGCCAUCGCUCUCAUCGUACUGAUGAUGAAGGCGGGAAGCCUAGGCGCCGUCGAUCCUCGCCAGAUAACCACCGCUCUCGACGUGAAAAGUCAUCUCGCCAUGAGCAUGCUGUCCCCUACCCAGUCAUGGUAAAUGGGGGCAAAGAUAAAACCUCUUCUUGGGUGAAAUCCCAGAUCUCAGACCCUCCGGAAGCUCCUCCCAUCGUCGCUACGGUUAUCGACAUGCCCAAUCCUGCGCGAGAGCCUCAAAACGCUUCCUUGUCAUCGGACGAAGAAGCACGAAGAGCCAUCCAUCGUCGCUCUCGAAGAAAGUCCCGUCCCGUCGACCCAAUGGACAUAGACUUUGACAGACGACCUCGCAGACGUGAAUCUCGUCGAGAAGGUCGCGACCAAGUCCGAAGCAACGAAAGCAGUGGCGAUAUGGACAAUCGCUACGGCGGUAUGAAUACCAAGCGAACGAGCUGGUUUAAGAAACUUACCAGUGGCUUUUGA